GUAUAAUCUCUAUCAACAGCCUCAAAUCACUUUUUUGUGCUUAGAUGGCAUCAUCCCUUUGCUCCAGAGCUCUCGUGGGUCAUCGCUUGAUCCGAUUCUCGUCCUCUCUCCCUCGCGAACCCGUGAUUUUCUCUAAUCUUUUCAGUAAGAGAGAGUUUCGUGUACAGGCUGUGUCUUCCCAUGCCACAUAUAAGACCUCUGGUCAGCCUUCUCGUUUAAUGACUUCCGUAGCAAUUGAUGCAAGAACUAAUUUUUCAACACAAUCUCUUUCCACUGAUGAUCCAGUCGUUUCUGUUGAUUGGCUUCAUGCUAAUCUAAGGGAGCCUGAUCUGAAGUUACUGGACGCCUCGUGGUACAUGCCAGAUGAGCAGAGGAAUCCAAUUCAAGAGUAUCAGGUUGCUCACAUUCCCGGUGCUCUGUUCUUUGAUGUUGACGGAAUAGCGGAUCGAACUACAAACUUGCCACAUAUGCUGCCAUCUGAGGAAGCUUUUGCAGCUGCUGCGUCCGCUCUUGGUAUCGAGAAUAAAGAUGGGCUGGUUGUUUAUGAUGGAAAGGGAAUUUUCAGUGCAGCACGUGUCUGGUGGAUGUUCCGAGUUUUUGGGCAUGGCAGAGUCUGGGUGUUAGAUGGAGGCCUCCCAAGGUGGCGUGCAUCAGGUUAUGAUGUUGAAUCUAGUGCUUCUGGUGAUGCUAUUUUGAAAGCCAGUGCUGCUAGUGAGGCAAUAGAGAAAGUCUAUCAGGGACAAACUGCUGGACCACUGACAUUUCAGACAAAGUUUCAGCCACAUCUUGUCUGGACUCUUGACCAGGUUAGAAGAAACGUUGAAGAAAAGACUCACCAACAUAUAGAUGCCCGUUCCAAGCCCAGAUUUGAUGGUGCCGCACCUGAACCUCGUAAAGGAAUUAGAAGUGGCCAUGUACCUGGUAGCAAGUGCAUUCCUUUUCCACAGAUGUUAGAUGCUUCACAGACACUUCUACCUGCCGAUGAGCUCAAGAAACAAUUUAAUGAAGAGGGCAUCUCAUUGGAACGCCCCAUUGUAACUUCUUGCGGCACUGGUGUAACUGCUUGUAUUUUGGCAUUGGGCCUCCAUCGACUUGGGAAGACUGAUGUUGCGGUGUAUGAUGGAUCUUGGACGGAAUGGGGUGCGCAGCCUGACACACCAGUAGACACUUCGUCCUAGUUCUUGAGGCAAAGCAGUCGAAAAGAAGAGUCCAGCUUACGAUCGGACCAGUUUCAAUAUGAAUCUGUCUGUGUGGUAACACUUAAGAUUAUCAGAAACUUUGUUUGACAACAGAAAUAUUGGAUUCUAGAAGUGUAGUUAUGGUUUUUAUGA